ACAGGAUCAGAGCCUGGGGCCGUCUGCUGCUGAGGCUGCUCGCGUUUUACAUCAUACUUUUCUCGCUAGAUGGUGUACGCGCUACCCUACAAUUCACUUCUACUUAUCACUCCAGCAAAAUAAACCAGGAGUACUCGCACGCCAUUUCAGAAGAUUUAUUUUUGAGGAAAAUAAUCUGGAAUUUCGACCAUUGUGAACCUUUCUGGAAAACAGGAAAGAAGCCUAGGGGUGAUGGACAUGAGGUUGGUAGUGCAGGACGCUUUCUGCUUUAACCAGUGGUUUGCAGCAGUGAUUUUGAGUCUUUUUUCAGUGCUGCCCUGCUGCCUGCCUGCUGGACAGAGCCUGGAAUUCCAGUGGCCAGCUGUUGAGGACAACAACAUUGUGGUCAGACAGGGGGACACCGCUAUUCUCAGGUGCUUUCUGGCAGAUGGGACAUCUAAAGGUGCAUGGCUGAACAGAUCCAGUAUCAUUUUUGCUGGAAAUGAUAAGUGGUCAGUAGAUCCAAGGAUUUCAAUAGGAGGAAGCAGCAAAUUGGAAUAUAGUUUACAGAUUCGGAAAGUGGAUGUAACAGACGACGGUCCAUAUACAUGUUCUGUACAGACACAAAAUAAUCCAAGGGCAGUACAGAUGCACUUAACAGUACAAGUUCCUCCAAAAAUAUAUGACAUCUCCACAAACAUGGGUGUAAAUGAAGGGAACAAUGUGACACUUAUGUGCUUAGCCAGUGGAAAGCCUGAUCCCUCUAUUACCUGGAGACAUAUUUCCCCAUCAGGAAAAUCAUUUGAAAAUGGAGAGUAUCUGGAAAUUUUUGGAAUAACAAGAGACCAAGCUGGAGAAUAUGAAUGCAGCGCUGGGAAUGAUGUUUCAUUUGCUGAUGUCAAAAAAGUACGAAUCACAGUAAACUUUCCUCCCAAAAUACUAGAGCUGACACAUUCUGGAGUAAUUACUGGGCAUGCAGCUGCGAUACGAUGUGAAACGGCAGCCGUCCCAUCUGCAACGUAUGACUGGUACAAAGGAGAUAAGAAACUAUUCAAUGGUCAACAAGGGAUUACUAUAAAGGACUACAAAUCAAGAUCUGUUCUUACCAUCUCUAAUGUAACAGAAGGGAACUUUGGGAAUUAUACGUGCGUUGCUACUAACAUAAUGGGCACUGACAAUUCCAGCAUAUUGAUUAAUCAAAAAUUAGAAAUUAUUGAGCCUACUACCUCUAGUCCUCUUACAAGCCCAGCUCCAAGUACUGCUCAGUAUGGAAUUACAGGAAAUGCAGAUAUUCUUUCAUCCAGCUGGUACCUUGCACUGGUGAUCUCGUCUUCUAUCAGCAUUUUCUAGCUAAUGAAGAUCUGUCUGCUGUGAAUGUAAAAGAACCAUACAAGGCUUUUAAGGACUUUCUGAAAGUGCUGACGACUGGAGCAAUCUAGUACUCUUUGUUAAAAGCAGUGUGGGAUAUAAUCAGCUGUACUAACGUGGGGAUGGCCCCUUUCUGUAGACUUGUUCAUGUAAAUACCUUAAUGCGACUUCUAAUUUUGAUUAGAUGCAUUACCUUGUCGAUCAGUAUACUGUUUUUAUUUUUCUUUCUUUUUUUUUUUUUUUUGAAAGAAAGCUCACAAAUUACUUUAAGAUCAUGUUUUCUGUCAAUUUAUGUUUCUUCUCCAAAUUUUUUUUUUCUGAAAUAUCCAGGCCCUGCCUUUUUCUAAAAGACUGUAAAGGUCUUUAAUUUACAAGACAUUAUUCUGGUCAGAAAAAUCUAUUGCUUUAAAGGUGCACUGCUAAUAAUGUUUUCAAGAAGCAAUUUGUAACAGCAUUCCAAACAGUAUUUUUUUAAUUUGUCUUUACUGUUUAACUCAUAUUGUUUUACUCUUUUGACUUAAUGACUUAACAUUCUCUUAGAAAAAGAUUAAUUGUUCCUUAGCAGGAGUAAUGUGCAUAUCCCUAUGUAUGAAGUUAAGAUAUCCAGUUCUCACAAGCACUGAAAAAUAUAGCACAUGGGCAUGAGAUGGCACCUAUGGAGAUAUGUGUUCUGAGAUUGUUAAAAUAUACACAUGCUGUAUAAUCCAUAAUAGUUUAAAACCUGGAGCCUUUAAAUGGUGAUCAGCAUUGUAAGAGGCAUGCUGUGGGCAAAUACUUGAUAAGUCAUUUUUUUUUUAAUUGUUACCUAAACAACAGUUCUGGAAUUGUUCAUUUGUAACAACUAGACUAUUGGUAUGGCAAGUCAUGACAUCAGAACUGUUAUUUUAAUAUGUUCUAAAUAAGUUAUUCACAGCUGUAAUGUUCAAACACCAUUUUUUUUUGCUUUUCUGAGAAAAUGUAACAAUAAAAGCCAUUAUGAUAAAGCUUAGGGAACUGUUGGCAUAAAAAGUCAUUCAACAAUUAAUCAUCAGUCAACUGCUGAAAUGAUUUUUUUUCCACAUUUCAUAAACAAAUAUAUGUAAGUUGCAAAAUGUUCUAUACAGAACUCAUAAACACUAAACAGAUUUUAAAAAAAAAUUAAAUCAUUAGUGUAGGUAGAUAAUUUAUAAACAGGAUCAUCUAUCCACAUGUGACAUGAUAUUUUUAUGCAAGGCAAUAUCAUGUAACACUUGCUUCAUGAACUUUAGUAAUAGCACAAAAUAAGGGUCAAACUUUCCGCAUUGAAGAGCCUCCAGGUUUAAAAUUUGUUGCAGUUAUGAUGCCCCUGCGUAAUUAUAGAUUUGUUGUCUUACAAGCUUUGGUGUCAGCCUUACAAUGUUUUGCUCUGUGACAAGUAUAAUUGUACUUAUCUAAUGUUUUUUUUUCAAAUUCCACAUCAUAUAAAUACCAUUUUUAAUAAUUUUAGCAAUAAGCUUAACCUUGUUGCAAGUGAUAAUUUAUUCUUCAGUUUCAAUAGUUGUUGAAUAAUAAAUAUGUCACAUUCUGCCCUCAAUUUAAGUUUAUUUUAAUAAUCAGUUACAUGAUUUUGUUUUAUAGGUUUUCAAGUAGAACUGGCCAGAUUGGCAGCAAAUACAGAGGAAUAAGGCUAUGAGCUUCCUCCUGUAGUCCAGGGUUUGAUUCCCCAUGACUUUCAGUAAGUCACUUCACUAGGCAGCUUUACUGGCCUUAAAUAUAUAAAUAAAUAAAUGGUUUAGCUGUAGGAGUAAACACAGUACAUUUAAUCUGUAUCAGAAUAGUUCAUGUUCACCAGGUCAUUAUUAUUUGUUAAAAUCCUCUUUAAAAACUGGGUUAAAACGGUCUUGAAUAGCCACUUGUCUGACCACAGAAAGAAGUUUUAUAUGUCAAUUUAUAUAGAGAGGCAAUAACUUGUCAUAAUUUACUGAACUUUCCAUUGAGCAUAAUGUGCCCUACAAAGUAAGAAUUUCUAAUAUUUGUUGUGACACACCCAUCAGAAUUAAUUUACUGCCUACAGUGAGUCUUAGACUUGUGGUUUCAUUGUCAACCUUUCAUAUCUUGCCAUUAAGUUUUAUUUAAAUUUAUAUAAACCUCAAGUAUUGUAAUAUUACAUUUGCCAGCAUUAAGCAUAACGUUAAUUUGUUCAACCUUUCCUGCACUGCUUUUAAUUUCAUAGUGCAGAGAAUGGUAAUGCCUAGUUUGUAAUUAUCAUUGCAUUUUGCUUAUCUCAGUUCAUUGGCUUUUAUUGUAUUAGCAUAAAAAGAGGCAAAAUAUGAUGGGUCACAAUAAUGAUCCCUGGCAGACUCCAACUUACAUUUUGCCUUAGAUAGGCAAUCAACGAUUUUUGUCUUUUGUUUUCUCUCACUAAAUUUAUUUUCCCCACUGAAUUAUGUAAGUCUUAAUAUUUAAGGAAUUACUUUGUCUACAGUAUCUUUAUGGGGGUUGUGUAAAAUGUUUUAUUAUACAGUAUACAUCAAGUUUUUGACUGCAGUAGGACCUUUGAAUUUGUAGUGUUCCAAAAUCACCCAAAAAUAUUGCUGCUUAUAUAUGCAGCAUGAAAGCUGUUCCUAAAAUAAAUAAAUAAAAAUGAAUAAUUAAAUAACUAAAUAAAUAUAUAAAUGAAUAAAUAUCUAUGUACAUUCAUACAUCUGCAUUCCAGCUGUACUAGGUUUCCUGACAUAAUGUUUGACCCUUAAUUCUUCAUAACAUAACACAGUAACCAAAAAUUUUGUAUCAAAAUUUUUAGUGCCCUCUUACUGCCAACUGAAACAUUUUAUAACCUUACCAUGUGACAGAACUCAUUCUGCUGUCAUCGUAUCAUGUUGGCAUUGUCUUCAAUGUCCAGAGCACUUACACAUUUAAAUUCAUAGGAGAAUGUCAGGAGAAAUGAGGUGCAUCAUAUUUUGGUGAGGUUUUGAAGAAUAUUUUUCUAUGAAAAUUUUUAUGAUGUUUGCAGAAUGCUAGUGUUACAUGACUUCUCAAUGCCUUUCUGACAGUUUCCAUUUUUACCAUGUGUGUGUCAUAAUAGUAGCAUACAUCAGAAAACGUCAAAGAACUGCAGAGAAUCUUUUUAAAAAUCCUGAAAAUGCACUGCCCAUAUUGCUUUCACCUUACUAAUUAAUGUUUUUUGUGCUGCUCGAGGUUGUGCAUCUCAUAACAAUGGCAACCAUCCCCACACAGUUAUUAAAUGUCAUACUAAAAAGGAGGGAACUUACUCCCUGAGUGUAUAGUAUUACAUCUUCUUUCAUAUCAUUAUAUGCUGAGCCAUACAAUAGAAGUAUUCAGGAUUCUAUUGCAAGAGCUGUCAGUUGUCCCCCUCAGUACUGUAGUCAUUAGACAUUCAUUUUUUUUAUAAUCACUUUACUCUAGCAAUCAUGUUAUACCAAUGACUAUAGUUCAGAUGUCACUGGCAUGUCAUACCAUCAUAUAUCUAGAGUUCUGCUAUUAUAAAAUGUUGAAAAACUUGUCAAGGGACAACAUGUUUCUGUCUCCUGUAACAUAGCAAGGCAGAGAUAUUAGCUUCAGGUGAACCAUUUUCAUCUUCUGGGACACAUACUGAAUUGCUGUGUAAUUUAAUUAUCUGUUUACUGUUGAUUUUAUAUUUCUGUGAAGAUAAUAGGUUCAAAUCCCAGUUUAAUAUUCAUAUUGUAUUAAAGUGGUGUAUUUGUUAACUUUCUAAACUCACUUUUGUUCUGUGCAUUCUGAAGUCACCUAUUUUCCUAGCAGACUGAAACAUAUCACUUUUUACAGGCUUUAUAUAUUUGUUCUUACCAUUUUACCCCUGAGCAUUUAACAAUAUCAGGAUGGUUCAUAUGAAUUGUGUACUAUUCAUACAUUUACAUGGUAGUACAUUUGCAUAGUCCAAUAAAUGCACUUGAAACAUA